AUGCAAGAAGCUAUAGAGGGAAAUUUCUUGGGAAUGUUUCCAAGCGCUCCGUAUGACAAAACUUUAAUUACCAACAGAACAAACCAGUCAUGGAGCGACCUGCUUAAAUACCUGGAUUUGGAUAAAUCCGAUUUUUUUGUAGACGGAUCAGCAGCCGUAAGAAUAUUCAUAUCUAUUGUUUACUCUGUCGUCUGUGCUUUGGGGCUAGUUGGUAAUAUACUUGUUAUGUACCUCAUGAAAUCCAAACAAGGAUGGAAGAAAUCCUCGAUUAACCUGUUCGUGACCAGCCUUGCAGUGACAGACUUCCAGUUCGUUUUGACUUUACCUUUCUGGGCUGUAGAAAAUGCGUUAGAUUUCACUUGGCUUUUUGGCAAAGCCAUGUGCAAGAUUGUGUCUUAUGUGACUGCAAUGAAUAUGUAUGCAAGCGUGUUCUUUUUGACUGCUAUGAGUGUGACCAGAUAUUGGUCCGUAGCAUCUGCCCUGAAGAGAAAAAGGAGACCCCCUGGCUGUUCUGCAAAGUGGAUGAGUGUCCUUAUUUGGAUUUCGGCUAUCCUGGCCGCGUUGCCUCAUGCUAUAUUUUCUACAACGUCUACAGUGUCAGAUGAAGAGCUGUGCUUAGUAAAGUUUCCCGACCAAAACGGCUCCGCCCAGUUCUGGUUGGGACUUUACCACGCUCAGAAAGUAAUGCUAGGAUUUGUCAUUCCUUUAUUCGUCAUUACCGUGUGCUACCUGCUGUUGCUACGCUUUAUCGCCAACAAAAACGUUAACACGUCCUGUACAAAAAGAAGAUCCAAAGUGACAAAGUCUGUAACUAUCGUUGUCCUUUCUUUUUUUCUUUGCUGGCUGCCGAACCAGGCUUUGACUGCAUGGGGUAUCCUGGUCAAGCUCAACGUGGUCCAUUUCAGCUACGAGUACUACACAACCCAAGCUUACGUUUUCCCCAUAACUGUGUGUCUGGCACACUCCAAUAGCUGCCUCAAUCCCAUUCUGUACUGCUUAAUGAGAAGGGAGUUCAGAAAGGCGCUAAGAAAACUGUUCUGGAAGAUCACUUCUCCCACUGUUAUCAAUAUGCGACCAUUCACUGCCAGCACGAAGCCAGAGCAGGAUGUUCAGGGGAAUGCGCUGGUCCCUUUGACCGCGGCGGGACCGGGGAUCGCAUUCUAUCCACCAGGAGCUGCCAUCUACAACGGAAGGUACGACAUGCUCCCGAACAGUACCACAGAGCAACGUCGGUAUUAG